CUCAACCCAUCAUCAGUUGAGAUCAUGCUUUUUCCACUGCACUUUUUCAAAGAAAGCAUGGAAUCGAAUCAUUUGUGAAGGGAUUGACAAAGCAUGAAUUGUUACAACUGCUCCACAUGGUUGCUGCUGGUGUUGCUACUGUGCUCAUUUUGGUGCUGCAGCAGUAAAAAAACCUUGUUGCCUGCUCCAAUUGCUGUGGGUGAGAUCCAGGAUCUUUUUUACCCAAACGCAACGGCCACCGGAACAAACCAUGUUGCGGCCAGAAUCCGUCUUCCGUGGGCCAUCACCACCAUUCUAGGGGACUAUUAUCAUGCAGCGGGUUUUGAUGAAUAUUGGAAAGAACUGGUUGGUCUGGACAAUGACGAAAGUGUGAAUGGCAGCAAUGCUACCGCUGAGGAUACCCCUGCGACGGUAACAUCUUCCGAAGGGGGGCGCUGGAAGCAAUUAGUGGCUCAUCAGACCAAGGAUGAAUCUGGGUGUGGGGAUUCCAACCUUCAAUAUCUAUUCGCCGAUGAUGAAACAACCCAUUCCCGCCUAUUGUCUCUACUUGCUCAUGGAGACUUUUUUGAUGCUGUUCUUGGAGCCGUUGGCAAUGCCCGGAACUUGUCCCAGGCGAUGUUCUCCAUACACUCCAUGGGCUUUAUGGGCGCUACCUAUUCUCAAGCUGGGGUAAAUAAUCAAGGAAGGAGUAUCCUCAAAUCUCAUUUUUACCCCAAUGAUGACAACAACCAGAGCAACCCAAGUGCAUUUCAAAUUCUCAUCCCCGUGUAUCUCAAGCAAGGUUCUAGGCCCGAAAUCCAGGUAGAAGGAGAAGCCGAUAUCAUCAAAGUAAAGCAAAACCUCGACGUUGCAAUGAUUCUGGGAGAUACAACCAACUAUGGGACUGGAUCUUUUGAUUAUCGAGACAGUCCGGGAGAAAUAUUCAUCGCUUUCAGUGUCUUCUUUACGGUACAUGAUGCCAACGAAAGUGGGAAAAUUGAGGCUAGCAAGCCACCUACAAACAGUGACAAUCUGCCAUUUCCGCUACCUCAACAUGCACCUGUUGCCUGGAAGAUCGGCGAUCCCUUGUCAAGCAUUGUCAACAACUGGACGCUGUCUACAGAAGAAGGGACUUGCAUCGCUACUUCUGAUACAGAAGGAUCAUGCCAGGAAGAUGACAAACUCAGCGAAGACACCGUGUUUUUUUGGAGCGACCGCGAGCUUUACAACUGGAGUCACUGGACCUUUCAACAGUUCAAAGAAUAUUUGGAUUGCCAACAGUUCUAUAAAGAGGAAGACACCAAGCAGAAACGGCGCCAACCCCCAACAAUGGAAACGUGGGAGAAACUCAGAGCAAUCUACGCCUCCAUUGUAGGAUCCGACCAGUCCACCCUCUCUGAUGAUCCAGAUGCAAACAGCUUUCAUGCCAAUGUAACUGCCAAGAUCAGUUCACCCACUCGGGGAAGAGGUGUCUUUACCAACGAAUUCAUACCACAGGGCACGCUCGUGUACACUCCAAAGCAACAAGCACGAUUCUCCCAUGGACAGCAUUUCAAACAGUUUGUCAUGUCGGUCUCGGUCGAGCUAGCCUGCGAUUUAUUGGCAUGGACGACUAUUCAAAAGGUCGUCAUCGACGGCGCCGAACAGCCACCUCAGAUUGUUGUCGAUUUGGAUGAUGGCUCUUUGGUCAAUACUGGAUUCCGACCAAAUUCCACUGCUGCAGAGGGGGAAGACGAUAUUGCCAAUUUGGGAUGUAUCCCAGAUCUUGCUGUCAAUACAUCUGGCGGCUGCUCGGAGAACGACUAUGCCCUGAGCGACAUUCAGGCAGGUGAAGAAUUACUGAUUGAUUACGAAGAAUAUUCGGUUCUCGACGGUGAAGUCUGGGAAUCGUUUGGUUUGGGGGAUCCUACCACAAGUGACGAGAGCCAUGAUGAAGAGGGUAACGAGGAUUUUGACGACCAAGAAACCGGCGACGUCGACAGCGACUUUGAAGACAAGACUGAUAGUGAGUUCGAAGAUGAUGGAGAAGAUGGAGACGAAGAUUUCGAGGAUCGAUAUGGGUGAUGAGUAUCAUCGACGAGAUCUCCGAUACUUCAAAAAUAUUGCGACCGUCGAAUAGUGUACAUGUAGGAAGCAUUCUUUUAACUAGUGCUGCCGGCCCUGAACGAUACACGACGAUUCUGCCGCCAUGGUUGCAAGCAAACAGGCUCGUCAUUUGAUAGGCGAAUCCCCCGCCUGCACUCAUAGUGCAUGUACCGUACCGGGUGGUCUCUUGUCUGGUCCGAGUCCCGACUGCUACGUGGAAUCUUCUAGCUUGUUUUGAACGCAACGAGCAACCUUCCAAACUUCGAGAACGCUCGUCCCACCCAGAAAACAGCGGGGGCGCACCUACCGUAUCGCUCAAGUCUUUCUAUGCCUUGAAGCAACACACCCACAGAGGGAAGCUUUUAGGCGCCAGGCUGGUUCAGGCUAGUUUCCAGGGCUUUCAAGCCAGACACAUCGCGAAAUCCAUUGCACGCAGAAGACUUGCCAGUGCGAAAAUAAAUGAUCCUUUCGUUUGGCCCGUGAAGCAGACGAAGGUUGUGGCUGGUAAUGGACCAGCCAAAUGUAUGCAGGGCCUGGUGGGGGCUGGGACUUACCCCGUAGUAGUUCCUGAUGUGGGGUGCAGGUGUGUGGUGGGGCCUACUUUGGCUGCAGUGCGAGGACUUGAGCCAGACGUAGACCCAGGAUUUGGGCCCACCUACUUACGGGCGGGACCAUGACUUGGACCUGUAGGAGGUCUUGGUGUAGGACCUUGACUUGGGCCAGGUGUCGGGCCUCGUACUGGCCCAUUACUUGGGCUGGACGUUGGACCGCCUUUGAAUCGGGCCGCUGCUGGAGUAGGUGUCGCUAUACCGAUAAGGAAACCGUACCCACCACGGUACGGUGCUAGUCAGGCCAGGGUCGAAGCAGCAGUGGUACCUUCAAACCUGAGAAGAGACUCGACUCGCUGCCUCCACGGUUCAUCUGCCCAUCAAAGUUGGCACAGAGAAAUGCCGAACAUCUACUGUAUCUGGCUAGCUUGCUAGCUCUAUGCAUACCAUAGUAGACACCAUCGGAACCGGCAUAGUGGCAGCCCGCAAACAGCUUCCGCUCCCAGUCAGUUGUGGUGAAGUGCACCGUGGAUGAGUCAGUCAGUCCUGAAUGUUGCCUCCACGGGACCGGCACACUGACUCAGUAACACACUCCCGAUCAAUCAUCAAUGGAAGUUUCAACACAAUACAAGACAUUAUUAGGGUUCUUACUGAUGAGUUGUAAGGCAUGCGGACAGACUGAGCUUCGAUUGCUGCGUGACAGCUUGUGUUUGAUGUUGGGUG